UCGAUUGUCAUUUUCACUCAGCAGUCGUCGUGUUCGGUUGUGCGUGUUGAUUUGCUCCGCGUGUGAAGUGAAAAAAGUUCAGCUUCAUUUUUGAGAAUUAUUGCAACAGUAGUGAACCUCGAGGACUAAACAAAAGGUAUGUCUGAUACGGUGGAGAAGCGCAAACUUUCGGAGCUACGUGUGGUAGACCUGAAACAGGAACUGGAGAAACGGGGCAAGGAUGGCAAUGGCGUGAAAAAUGUGCUGCUGGAACGGUUGACUCAGGCAUUGAAGGACGAAAAGUUGGAUCCAGAAACGCACGAGUUCGAAAUCUCCACCCCGGGUAAAACCCCAGCCAAAAAGGGAAAACCGACGAAGGCAGAAGAAGAAGCCUCUGAGGCUGAUAAUUCAACUACGGCGGAAGGCGAUUUGAACCUUGAUGACAUGGUGGUGCAGGAUGAGUGCAAUGAAGAUGAACCGGUCGCGGGAGAGGCAAAGAAGUCGGCCGAAGGAAAGAAGGUAGAGCCAAAGAAGGAAGAAAAGGUGGAAAAGUCUAAAGCAGCUGGUGCCACAGAGGCCGACAAAGGUGGCAAGGACGAAACAAAAGAAGCAGAUAACGAGGAUUCGCUCAAUUUGACGAUUGGCGAAGAGGACGAAAAGCUGCUUCAUGAUGACAGUAACAUCGAAAGUGAGAAAAAAGGUACUAAUGCUGACAAGAACUCGGAUGCCAAAAAAACUGAUGCCUCAGAAGAAGAAAAGAAGGCUGAGAAGAGUGAUACUUCAAGCGAGAAAACCGGAUCUACAAAGGACGAGAAAGAGAGCGCUGGAAAGUCGUCAUCGUCAGCCAAGUCCGGUACAUCCAGCGACUCCAAGACAAAGUUGUCACCAAACUCGAAUGACAAGGCGGCGACCGUGUCCCGGAACCUGUGGGUUUCAGGCCUAUCGUCGCUUACUCGGGCAACCGAUCUGAAGAUGAUCUUCUCCAAGUACGGCAAAGUGAUUGGCGCUAAAGUGGUGACGAACACUCGUACGCCGGGAACUCGUUGUUAUGGAUACGUGACGAUGGCAUCGGCCAAAGAUGCGACGGAGUGCAUUACCCAUUUGCACCGAACCGAAUUGCACGGACGUAUGAUUUCGGUGGAGCGAGCAAAGUCUGAUCUGGGUCCAGCGAAGCCGACAACGGGAAGCAGCAACACUGGUAGCAAGACGGAAUCAACCAAGGCGGAAGGUGCUGAUGGUGGCAAAGACAAGGACAACAAAGACAGCAAACCCGAGAAGAAGGACGAAAAUGGCAGCAAACCGCGCAACAGCAAAGAUCGAGCCAGGUCGAAUCACAGGGGUCGUUCUCAACAUCGCAGCCGGUCUCAACAUCGAGGUAAAUCGGCGGAGAAAGAUGGAAAGCCCAAAGACGAAAAGAAGAAAGAUGACACCGUGAAGGAAGAAGGAAAAGGAGCUGCAGUUGUGGCACGCAAGGAGGGAGAGCGCAAAGACAACGAUCGCAAAGAUAACCGCAAUCGAGAUCGUGAGGUUCUAUCGUUACAGAAGAUUCGCGAAGAGCGCGAACGUCAACGGCUCCGCGAGAAGGAACGUCAACUUCGCGAAGAGGACCGACGUCGUCGAGAGUUGCGCCAACGCCAACGCGAAGAGGAACAGCUGCUGCGACGUGAGCGGGAGAAGCUGGCCCUUGAACGGGCUCGUAUCGAGAAGGAAAAGGCUGAGCUGUUGCGCAUCGAACGCGAACGUCAAAAGCUGGAACGAGAGAAGAUCGAACUCGAACGUCUGGAGCUGAAGCGUCAGCAAAGGAAGAUUGAAGAGGCGAAACGGAACUUGAAGCGCCCAGCCACCACGGAUCAUUACGAUGACGACCGGAAACGCUCGGCAGGAGCAGAUCGGAGAUUCGAAGCACCUCCACCACCAUCUAUUUCCACCUCUGGUCGGGGCUCAUACGCGUCUUCUGACAAGAAACGUCUAGAUGACUACAAGGCUCGUGACGAUUACAAGUCGCGCCCAGUUGAUGAUUUCCGUCGAGAUAACUACAAGCGCAAUGGAGGUGGUGUAAUGGAUCGGGAUAUGGAUCGUCCGUCAAUGCCUUCGAUGGAUAGCCGGUAUCCGGACAAUCGCUCUGGUGGUGGCGGCGGUGACUACCGUGGAAGCGGCGGUGCUCGCGAUGAUCGUGACCGCAACGGCUCAGCACCAAAAUCGCGCUAUAUGGAUUCAAUGGAUCAACGUUACCAGGACCGCUCUGGUAACAAUGGUGGCGGCGGCGGUGGUAACAGUGGACCCUGGAAUGCAGGGCUGCCCCAAAUGAGUAUUCAACCGGCUGGUAUGAGCAGUGCCGACUGGCGAAUGGAUAAUGGCCAAGAUCGGUACGAUCGUACCUACAAUGAACGGAAAGCACCACAAAUGAGUGUCAGCCCCUUCAUGGAUCCAUCUAGGCAGAACCAAUUCAUGAGCGGUGGUGGUCGACCACAGGACAGAUAUGGCGCUCCUGUAUCCGGACGGUUUGAUAAUGGACGGUAUUAGAUGGGAAGAGUAGAAAUACACCGAUUUUUAGUGUAUAUUGGAAUUCCUAGAUUAUGUAAGAAUGACACAUUGAAGCAAGUUCAAAAUAAGCUUAUGUAAGAUUUACAUCAAGCAUUUGUGGAAGUGUAUCAGCACACUCAAAUGUUACUGUAAUGAAACAAAUUCUUUCGUGUAUUGCUUACCCUUUAACUGUACAUCCCACUUUCACAUAUAAAUAUGAUGUGUGAUUAUUUGGUGUAAGAAUUAUCUCUGUAAUAGUCAUUAUUGAGUGAUAGCAUAUAAGUAAAUUAAAAAAAGAAAUAAAUAAAACUUUCAAAAGCA